AUGGCAAAAGUGCUCAUAAAGCCAGAAGAUCCCGAAUUUACAAGCAUCCCAAAUGAAAUUCUAAAUGACUCAAGAUACAUGCCUCAUUUUAAGGAUUGUAUUGGCGCUAUUGAUGGUGUUCAUGUUCAAGCUUCAAUUUCUCCAUGUGACCAAGUGCCAUACAUUGGCCGAAAAGGAACACCCACCCAAAAUAUUUUGGCUAUAUGCAACUUCAACAUGCAAUUCACAUUUGCAUGUGCAGGGUGGGAAGGCACUGCCCGUGACAGCAGAGUAUUUUUAUCGGCUUUCCGCAAUCCUCAAUCGAAUUUUCCUAAACCCCCAAAUGGAAAAUAUUAUGUGGUGGAUGCCGAAUACCCACAAAUGAAAGGUUUUUUAGGACCGUAUAAAGGAUAG